ACAGCAUCUCUAAACAAUAAGCUAUAACAUUUUUCAUAUUUUCUUGAAUACAAAGAAAUGGAAAAAAUAGGUGUUGCUAAUAAAAUGAAUAAGGCAAGGCCUUAUGUGUUAACAGUGGCACUUCAAUUUGGGUUUGCAGGAGCAUACAUAUUCUCCAUGGCCAGUUUCAACAUGGGAAUGAAUCGUUUUGUGUUCAUUGUUUAUCGUAAUGUCAUUGCUGCAAUUGCCCUUGCUCCCUUUGCACUCAUUUUUGAAAGGAAAAUUAGGCCAAAGAUGACAAUGGCUGUCUUUUUGCGGAUAAUGGCGCUCGCAUUUUUGGAGCCAGUGAUAGAUCAAGGAUUUACUUUCUUGGGGAUGCAAUAUACAUCGGCUUCAUUUGCUUCUGCUUUGAUGAAUGCUGUUCCUUCUGUUACCUUUGUGCUAGCCGUAAUUUUCAGGAUUGAACGUGUAAAUAUGAAGGAAAUACGAAGCAUAGCAAAAGUGAUUGGGACAUUAGUAACAUUUGCAGGGGCAUUGAUGAUGAUACUUUACAAAGGCCCACAAAUUCAUCUUUUCUAUUCUCCAAAAACAGCACAUAAUUCUGCAAGUCACGACACGCAAACUCUCAAACAUUGGGUCUCAGGAACACUCUUUCUAAUGCUGGGUUGUGUGGCUUGGUCAUCUUUCUUCAUUUUACAGUCAGUAACGUUGAAAAAGUAUCCAGCAGAAAUGUCACUAUCAACCUUAAUAUGCUUAGUUGGUGCUAUGCAAACUAGUGUGGUGGCUUUGAUUGCUGAGCGUCACUCUGGUGCUGGGGUUUGGGCUGUUGGUUGGGACUUUAGACUAUAUGGUCCUCUCUACACGGGAAUAGUUACCUCAGGAAUAACUUAUUAUGUGCAAGGGUUGGUAUUGCAAAGCAGAGGACCAGUAUUUUAUACAGCAUUUAACCCCCUUUGUAUGAUCAUCACUUGUGCUUUAGGUUCCUUCCUUUUUGCAGAACAACUCCACUUGGGAAGUAUCAUUGGAGCCCUGAUUAUUGCAGUUGGUUUAUAUUCUGUGGUGUGGGGUAAAGCAAAAGACUAUUUAUCAGACACAACUACACUGCCACCAUCACCAGUUGCAAUGAAGCAAACUGAGAAACAACUUCCAAUUACUUCAUCUGAUGUCUAACACAUGAAUAAAUUAUGAAUAGUGUGCUGCUUCUGCCUUAAUUAAGCAUCUGCAAAGCUAUCUAUCUAUAUUAUUUCAUGCUUUUGUUUUGGUUUACACAUUCUGAAGAAUAUAUUAUGAAUUUUGGUUUACUACAGGCAGUGUAUACAUGCACAUUCUCAAAGUAUAUGUACUUUUCAUUUGAAGAUGUUUUUGUGUGGAACCGUGUAUUAUCAUUUGAAUUAACAAGAUGUACGAAACAAA